CGGGCCCGGCCCAUUGCUAGUUCAAGUAUAGGCUCGUGACUCGAUAAUAACUUGGAGGAAAAUGGAGAAGGAAUGUCUUCAACCUUUCUCCCCGGCUUCACCCAUCUCCCAUACUUGUUCAGCACCAAUCCCUUGUAAGGCAAAUGAUACCAAAACGUGACCCACAAUCCAGUGAUCCACCCACCCACAUAAGUGCGGGUAUAAACUUUAUCAAUCCACAGAACUGGCGGAGCCAAUAUGCAGCAGUGGCGAGUCCCCACGGCGCCGUUCCCUCCUCGCACUUCUAACACCAGAAUCCCUUUCAUGUCAUUCGAGAUCGGCUCUGCUCCCACCGCCUCCUACGGCAGCGGCGCCAUCGGUGGAGGCCCCGUUCCCUCCGCUGCUAAUUUCGAUGAAGAACCGCCUCUUCUCGACGAGCCCGGGCGUGGGUAUCAGGUUCGUCAUAUCUGGAGUUUUCGUGAUCUGGGCCCCCAUGGCUUGCACCAAUCUCAUGGUGGCAGUGGCCAGAGGCGGAGAAUAACAUCGUUGGUUGAUUGCGGAUUGAAGGAGGAGAACAUUGUGGUGUUCAUGUUCGACGAUAUCACUAACAGCGAGCUUAAUCCCAGGCCCGGGACCAUCAUCAACCACCCGCAAGGCGACGACCUUUACGCCGGCGUCCCCAAGUUUGCUUCCGACGAUGCGAAUCCCGACGGCCGGCAGUUACACUUUAGGAGGCUUCAGUUUUGGGUCCGACGGUUACAAUUCCAGAGCAUCGGUUACAAAUCCAGAGGCGAUUCCAACUGCGAUCCGUUUCAGAUAUGCUUGUUCUUUCUCUUUCCUCCCUAAUUUUAAUAUUUAUUUAUUUCCAGAAUUAUAAUUCUAAAAUCUUUUAAUUUAUUUUCCUUAACUGCUCGUAUUUAUAAAGUUUUCUUUAACUUUACUGUAAAAAAAAAAGUUUUUCUUUUGACCUUGUUAGCUUUUGAUUCGGAGUAUCUGACUAAGCCUCAAUGGCUUGUUUAAGUCCAUUCGGUGGAGCUUAGUUGUCCUCCUCUAUGGGCGCUUGUGUGUUUGUUUUUUUUUUUGCAGGGGGCACGUAGUUUUCCCUUGACCAUACAAGUAUCCAUCCAUUAUGAUUCAAUCUCGUGAUGUGGCGCACGCGACAGGUGGAGCGAUCUUGGAAGAGAUUUGUUUGGCGUCUGUGUCUUUUAAUUUCUUUAUUUGUACUUUUACGCAGAGGUUGUACAACAGGGAUGCCCACUUAGUGGCUUCUAAUGCCCUUUCAUCGACAGCUCGAUAUUGUGUCGACUGUCGCGUCUGGUUUUCUAGCGUCCUGUAAUAUCUAUUCCAUUCCCGAUCUAUGGAAAAAAAAAACGAAUGGAAAGGGUAGAGAAAAUUUAAUAAAAAGUGACGGAAGCUGUAAAAGAAACGAACAAGACAAAAGAACUGGCCACAAACUGGCAAGUGGCAACAAAGGGUGAUACUUAUCACAUUCAUACAACCGCUACCGCUGGGGAGGGAGCAGCAAAUUCAAGUUUAUUUUAUCGUGGCAGGCCACGCGUCAACGAGAGGGAAAACAACUCCCCACCUUGUGUUCCACGGCGGAAGUAGAUGCAGGAAGCGGCGGCCACGCUACCGCCGACGAAGCUACACAGCCAAUUCUGCAGCCACUAAUUUUAACAGAAUACAACAAAGUUGCAAAACAAAACAAUCAAGAUUAAUUUGAAGAGUGCACAAAUAGCAAUUAAGAGAUGCGUAAAGCCGAUCUGAACCUAGAAAUACUCCAGACCUGAUCAGAACCAAAGUACCAAAAACUGCAAAAUAUAGAGAAGUAUAGGGGAUAAAGGAAGUAACUCCAUAUGAAAAGAGAAAAAUAACCUAACCAUAGGACUGCCCAAAUCGGAAAUCACUAAUUGGUGAACUUAAAGUAUGACCAAGCAGCAAAAUUGGAUGAUGAAUCCACAAGAAAAACAAAAACCGAAUCCGCAACGCAGAACAGCGUUAAGGGCAGUAACGACAGUCGCUCACUAGCAAACUGAUGAGAGCCAGAGGCCUCUUGCCCCAAAGAUGAAAAGGGUCAGGACACCGGAUUUGCGGUUGACUACGAGAGAGAGAGUUCCUUUGUCGUCGCCGUAACUUGGGUGUUGCUGCUGUUGGUUCUUGGCAGAUGCUUGAUAAAAUUCCAUUAUAUAUGAUAAAAAAGAAUUACUUGCUCUCUUUCUGUUGGUGGAGUCGAGCGCGAGACUUGGUAUGGAUUUCUUCUUCAGAACAUGUGAAACCCUAAAUCGAGAGAUGAAAUGAGACAGUUAAAUCGAUUACCAGAAAAGAGUAGUUUUAGAUUGUUGGUUUUGGAAAUGCUUGUUAGAGCAAACGAGAGCUAAACACAAUUGGGCUUGAAGCCCAAGAAUUUCGUUGAGUGACCAAACAGGCUUUGGUCAAAGCCUUUCUCUUCAGCGACCCGUCACUUAGUAGCUAGUUGAACCCUUCUUCCUCCUCUGCUCAGAUCCCCUGUUUCAACUUUCCCUGCAAAACAACACUCAACCAGAAACAGAGACUUUCUAAAGUCUGGAUUAGCAAACAACUGAAGGGUAAAUUGACACACAUGGAAUUUUUACGUGGUUUCCGAUACUGAUGAAUUAGUAUCGACUAGUCCACGGCCAAAGGAGUUCAUCUUGAACCCUUUGGCGUUUCACUAUGAUGUUCAGUUUCCGAUUCACACAAUACAGCAAGUGAUCUCUGGGUGACUCCCUGUCACUGAUCAGAAUCCCCUUCAAAGUUCUACUCCCUGCAGAACUGUUACGUGCACGUUUUGUAGAAUAUAAUUUAGGGAGAAAU